UAUGGAGUAGCUGGAUGAGCAAAAUGGUGGUUAGCAGCCGGUGAAGAGGUUUCUGUGUAACAAGUUAAAAUACAUCGUUUCGUCACUUUCCUAUGUCAGUGAAGCACUGUUAGACGAAUAUGGCAAAUCAAUUACUAUCGACGGUGAAUAAAUUAGAAAAGUUUAUUCUCAAAUCAGUGCUAAAUGGUCGUCGCGAUCACUUACAGUUUUGGCAGAGGUUAUCUGCAUUGCAGUACGGUUCAAAAAUACCCACGAUCGAGCAUGUUCAGCAACAGUGGCGACUAUUCUGUUCGAAACCUCCGAAGGGAUUUGAAAAGUUUUAUAGAAAAAAGACAGGUGGAAAAAGCGAAUCACAGGUGAAGGCUGAAAAGGAAGCUCAGAAGAGUGCAGCAAAGGAUGGGAAUGCCUCGGGGCAAUCACGCUCACCUCAACCAUCAAAACCAUCACCUGCUAGUCCAGAAUGGUCGUUUAAAUUAUUUGGGGAGAAAUCACAGUCUGGAUCCGGAGGAAAAAUUCCCCCGAGUUCGAAUAAAGAUCCGAUAAUGAUUUUCUGUGGGAUUGGGGCAUUCCUUUUAUUCGGAUAUGUUGCAUAUUCGCAAAUGGGUUACAAAGAAAUCACUUGGCGAGAUUUUCUCAACAGCUAUAUGUCCAAGGGUAUAGUACAAAAACUGGAAGUUGUCAACAAAAAAUGGGUUCGAGUUGAACUGCUACCAGGUCACAGUGCAGAUAUUUAUCCUGCUCCCUGGUUUGCCAUUGGAAGCGUGGAUUCUUUCGAGCGAAACUUGGAAAAUGCUCAAGCAGAAUUAAACAUUGAACCUCAAAACUAUAUCCCUGUUUUAUAUAAGACUGAAGUUGAACCCUUGAACGUACUCUUUAGUUUAAUACCAACACUUUUUGUCACACUCUUCUUGAUAUACCUCGCGCGACGUGCUGCUGACAUGAUGGGUGGUAGUAGAGGAGGGCGGAAAGGUGGAAUAUUUGGCGGUGUUAUGCAAUCAACUGCUAAGCUCAUUAACUCCAGUGAAAUUGGCGUACGUUUCAAGGACGUAGCCGGAUGCGAGGAAGCUAAGAUUGAAAUUAUGGAAUUCGUAAACUUUCUCAAAAAUCCGAAACAGUAUAUGGAUCUAGGAGCAAAGAUACCAAAGGGGGCCAUGCUUACAGGUCCACCCGGAACGGGAAAAACGUUGCUAGCUAAAGCGACAGCUGGAGAAGCCAAUGUCCCCUUCAUCACAGUCUCUGGUUCAGAGUUUUUGGAAAUGUUUGUCGGAGUAGGUCCUUCCAGAGUGCGAGAUAUGUUCGCAAUGGCACGGAAAAACGCACCUUGUAUAUUAUUUAUUGACGAAAUAGAUGCGGUUGGAAGGAAGAGGGGCUCAAGGAACUUUUCAGGACAUUCAGAGCAAGAGAAUACGUUGAAUCAAUUGCUCGUUGAAAUGGAUGGGUUUAAUACUACAACAAACGUAGUUGUAUUAGCAGCCACAAAUAGGGUCGAUAUCCUGGACAAAGCUCUUCUGCGUCCCGGAAGGUUCGACAGACAAAUAUUUGUUCCGGCUCCCGACAUCAAGGGACGUGCUUCCAUUUUCAAAGUGCAUUUACAACCGCUAAAAACGGAUCUCGACAAAAACGAGCUAGCGAGAAAGAUGGCGUCUCUUACUCCCGGAUUUACUGGGGCUGAUAUCGCCAAUGUUUGUAACGAGGCCGCUUUGAUAGCAGCCAGAGAUAAGAACACCAAUAUUCACCUCAAGAACUUUGAACAAGCAAUUGAGAGAGUUAUUGCUGGUAUGGAAAAGAAAACCAAUGUCUUACAGCCCGAGGAAAAGAAAACUGUGGCCUAUCACGAAGCCGGUCAUGCUGUUGCAGGGUGGUUCUUGGAGCAUGCAGACCCACUUCUGAAGGUUUCCAUCAUCCCUCGUGGCAAGGGCUUAGGCUAUGCCCAAUACUUGCCAAAAGAGCAAUAUCUUUACAGUACACCGCAGCUCUUCGACCGAAUGUGCAUGACACUUGGAGGGCGCGUUUCCGAGGAGAUAUUCUUCUCUCGAAUCACGACGGGUGCUCAGGAUGAUUUACAGAAGGUGACGAAAAGCGCUUACGCCCAAAUAGCGCAGUGGGGAAUGAACGACAAAGUAGGUAACGUUAGCUUCGACUUGCCACAGCCUGGUGAAAUGGUAAUGGAAAAACCGUACUCGGAAAGUACGGCGCAGUUAAUCGACUCCGAGGUUCGCACAUUGAUCCAGACCGCGUACGAUCACACGCGCGAACUACUGAACAACCACAAAGAAGACGUUGUCAAGGUUGCCGAACGUCUCCUGAAGCAAGAGGUCCUCAGUCGAGAAGACAUGAUCGAUCUGCUCGGGCCGAGACCAUUCCCGGAGAAAUCGACCUACGAACAGUUCGUCGAGGGAACAGGAUCCUUUGAGGAAGACACAACUUUGCCCGAGGGACUUAAGGACUGGAAUCAGUCGUCGAACGACUCCUCUGAGAAAAAACUACCGGGUACCGAGGAUACCAAAACACCGCCACCCCCUUCUUCAUCUACCACAGCAGAGACCCCCAAAAAAGAUCAGCCUCAGCAACGAUUGUAAUUAUUUCCCGAAUUAGGUGAUAGUCCGUUCUGAGUUGGGAUCAGCGUAAUGUUAUAUUGACGUUUCUACGUGCAAUAAUGCGUACUACGUACACGAAUCAUUCUGCACCCGGCUGAUUUUUCUUACGACUAACGUGCAAGGAGAAGGAGUGAAGGACAGACGAUGAGCAGAAAGUUAUUGUUUCCAGUUUUUACCGAAACUAUGUGUGUUGACUUCUCAAAAAAGAAUUAAAUAAUUGUAAUUAUAUUGAACUUGAUGG